AUGUCAUCGAAUUUCAGCGGCGAUGAAACGGCACCGUUCUUCGGCUUUCUGGGCGCCGCUGCCGCUCUAGUCUUCUCCUGUAUGGGAGCGGCAUACGGUACGGCUAAGAGCGGCGUUGGAGUGGCGUCGAUGGGUGUGAUGCGACCUGAGCUGGUGAUGAAGUCGAUUGUGCCAGUAGUUAUGGCUGGAGUGUUGGGUAUUUAUGGAUUGAUUAUUGCUGUGAUUAUCAGUACUGGAAUUAACCCUAAAGCUAAGUCUUACUACUUGUUUGAUGGAUAUGCUCACCUUUCUUCUGGUCUCGCCUGUGGUCUCGCUGGCCUUUCUGCUGGUAUGGCCAUCGGUAUUGUUGGCGAUGCUGGUGUUAGAGCCAAUGCACAACAGCCAAAGCUCUUUGUUGGGAUGAUUCUUAUUCUUAUCUUCGCUGAAGCGCUGGCACUUUAUGGCCUUAUUGUUGGCAUCAUCCUCUCUUCUCGAGCUGGUCAGUCAAGGGCAGACUAG